AUGAAUUAUAUCACAAGUUUGUUUUUUAUAUUUUCCAUAAAUUUGUUAAAAACAAAUGGUUCACCUCAAAUAACAAAAUUAGUGCCACUGGAUGACUGGGUUGCCUUCAAAGAACGCACUAGUCAAGUUAACCCGUUGGAUAAAUUUUUUGGAAAAUUACGAGCAACUUAUGACUUCAUAUUUCACAGACCCGACAAUGUCAGUAAUGUUGAAAAAAUAAUUGCCGAUGACAAAUCAUGGGCUACUGAAAAUUCGAAUAAUAAAAAUCACGAUAGAUUAAUUACACCGAUGUUGCCAUUAUUCAAUCAUAUUGUUUUUAAAAAUAAUAAUAGUAAUAAGAAAAGUGAAAUUGAUAUGAACAAAAAUUUAUACAUUAGAUUAUACCCGGAAGAAAAUUUAAUGUCAACAUAUGAAAGUUCAAUAUCUCGCAUAUCGAAAGAUGAUGAAUGGCCGGAUGAUGUAGAGACUGUAGAACCAUUGAGUCAAGUAGAAAUUGAUAAUGAGAAUAUUGAUAGAUCAGUUGAAGCUGUCACACCAUCACAAUCGAGCUUUCAAUUUCCUAUUGCUGUUGUUCGUGCUUUUGCCAAGUGGCUUGAAUCCAUUCUCAGUUACACACAUCAAGCCUACUCAGCAUUUGCUCGAAAAAAUAAUUAA